AUGGCGGUGCCUGAUGACUCAGUUAUUCCUGACUCAACCCCCAAUCUCCUCCACCUGCUGCUACUGGCUCAGCUCUUCGGCCAUUCAGUGUCCCACCCCGUCCACCACUUGCACCUCUGCACCAACUUUGGCUCCAUGAUCCGGCAACUGAACGUUGUGCAGCAGCAAUCCAAAAAACUUCAUGACUCGAGCGGCACCGAUCUCAGCGGAAUAACCACCGAGACGUACAGUCUGGAAGGUCUGCCCAGCAUGGAGCACAACGCCUCCCAGAUCAACUCGGUCAAGCUCAACGAGUCCCUCUCCCAGCUAUAUUUGGACAUCCAGGCCUUCAAGCUGCACGUUGAUUGGCUGAAAACAGUCAGGGAGAAUUUCAGCCUGCCGCACUCCCAGACGGUAGAGGGCGCCAGCACUCACCUGCUGCUGCUCUCCAACCUCACCAGCGGCGCUCUCCACAAGAUCAGCGAGACGGUUCCCGAGCCCCCGUCGCCCUCACUGCCCCGGGUCUCCAGCAGCUUCAGCGCGCUCAGGUACUCUCUGGAGGUCUCCCAGCGGCUGCAGGUCUUCUGCCUGUGGUCCAAGAGGGUGCUGCUGCAUCUCAAGGGCCUGCGCGGCUGCCACAGCUGA